UCUGGCUACAAUGUACGAGUUGCUCUGGUUUUAUUUAUUAAGGAAACUGGCCAGUUAUGUGUAGCAGCUCGGCAUACUAUAAGCUUCUCCUCCUCCGAUGCUCAUCUCACAGCUGAGCCUACCUUUGCUUGUCCUCAUCAGGAUCUCCUAUCUCUCGUCCCUAGGAAUCAAGCCGCAGAAGAUCCUCACUUAUACCAGACUUUGAUAUCUUCAAAACCUUAUCAGGAUCUCGUGUCUCUUGUCCCCGGGAAGCUGGUCUCAAAAGCCUGUCCCAUGUGUCAGACUUUAAUUACAAAAUACGCUUUGCCCGAAGACAUGAAUCAGGCUGUCUUCUGGGUGGUUCGAAAUUUGGGAAGCAGUGAAUGGCCUGCAGACCGUCCUUGGCUUGACCAGUGUCGUCUCACCGGAGCAUGGUUUUCACACAAUGAAAAAUACUGGUAUCGGUCGCAGAACUUGCGGAAAAUGACGCAGGGUGUUCACGGUCAGUGGAAAAGAAAUUACUGCCAAGAACAGAAAAGAAGGUUGCUUCAACAUCAACGCGAAGCCUCAUGA